AUAGACCCCCACACGAUGGAGCUCUCAAAACCCCAAAGCAAAUCAAAGCUGCAACCGCUCACGAAUCAUCUCCUCUCAGUGUUUACUUCGGCGAAUUUGAAUUCUUCGUCGGAUUCUCCUCUGCCUCGAUCGAAGGUAAGACAUGGGUCAGUGUUUGGGUUUAGUACAGAUUGAUCAGUCAACUGUAGCCAUCAAAGAAAAUUUCGGCAAGUUUAGUGAGGUUCUAGAGCCUGGGUGCCACUUCUUACCUUGGUGCAUAGGACAGCAAAUUGCUGGUUACCUCUCACUGCGUGUGAAGCAGCUGGAUGUCCGCUGCGAAACAAAGACAAAGGACAAUGUCUUUGUCACUGUUGUUGCAUCUGUGCAAUACCGUGCUCUUGCUGACAAGGCAUCUGAUGCCUUCUACAAACUAAGCAACACCAGGGAACAAAUCCAGUCGUAUGUCUUUGAUGUCAUUAGAGCUACUGUUCCAAAGCUGAACUUGGAUGAUGCAUUUGAGCAGAAGAAUGAUAUUGCAAAGGCUGUUGAAGAUGAGCUUGAAAAGGCAAUGUCUGCAUAUGGGUAUGAGAUUGUGCAAACUCUGAUCAUUGAUAUUGAGCCUGAUGUCCAUGUCAAGAGAGCAAUGAAUGAGAUCAACGCAGCUGCAAGAUUGAGGGUGGCAGCCAAUGAGAAAGCCGAAGCCGAGAAGAUACUACAGAUCAAGAAAGCUGAAGGAGAGGCAGAGUCCAAGUACCUGGCUGGUGUCGGUAUCGCGAGGCAGCGUCAGGCCAUAGUGGAUGGGCUGAGAGACAGCGUGCUCGCCUUCUCGGAGAAUGUCCCUGGAACCACUGCAAAGGAUAUCAUGGACAUGGUUCUUGUUACCCAGUACUUUGACACCAUGAAGGAGAUUGGGGCCUCCUCCAAGUCCACCUCAGUGUUCAUCCCCCAUGGCCCCGGAGCAGUCAAGGAUGUCGCGGCGCAGAUAAGAGAUGGCCUCCUCCAGGCCAAUGCCGAACGCAAUGACUGAAUGAUGGCUUCGGUUUUGCAAGCAGCAUGGAGUUCUUCAUCACUAUCCUAGAAACAUAUCGUGUGAGAUUAAAUGUUACAGCAAUGGUUAAGUGGAGUAUAUUUUAGGUCUACACGCAUGCAAAUCUCUCUUUAAGUUGUGGAUCUUAUACUUGUUACCUACUAGAUGAGUAGAUGGUUGUUAAGACUUUCAUGAGUUGCGCUAAACCAUUUGUCAGACAUAUAUUAUAGUACUGGUUGGUAUAUCACUUAUAACAGAUUGCAAGUUCCAGGAAUUUGGUGAUAUUAUGCUGUGUUGUAUGGUUGUAGAAAA